AUGCAAAGUCCAUAUCCAGUGCCGCAGGUAUCUAACGCUGACGAUGGAUCUUUGUUGAGGGACAACCAGAGCAAGUCCAAGACGACUGUGAAAUCAGAGGCGCCCAGACCGCAUGCUUGCCCCAUAUGUCAAAGAGCGUUCCAUAGGCUGGAACACCAGACAAGACACAUGAGGAUUCACACUGGUGAGAAGCCCCACGCUUGUGACUUCCCCGGAUGUGUGAAAAGAUUCAGCAGAAGCGAUGAACUAACAAGGCACAGAAGAAUCCAUACCAACUCUCAUCCUCGGGGUAAAAGAGGCAGGAAGAAGAAGGUAGUCGGCUCGCCAACAAGUAGUGCCAGUUCCAGUGCCACCAGUAUACCUGAUUUGAAUACGGCAAACUUCGCUCCAUUACUGCCAAACCAGCAGCAACAGCUAUCCCCCUCUGGUCCUAUAGCGAUUGCUCCGAAGGAGCAUCCGAGUCGAUCUUCCACCCGAAAGAGCAGAAGAACGAAAUUCGAAAUUGGUGAAAUUGGCGGUGGUGGUGGUAAUGACGCGUCUGUGAUUACUUCUCCCAGCCCGCUAGCUAAGAUACCCGUAUCAGUAAAGCCUCCCCCUACGUUGACAUUGAACAACAUGAACUAUCAUACGACAUCCGCUCCCUCUACCUCUUCCUCGUUGAAUACUAGUCAUAGUGGCAGUAGAUUGAAGUUGAAUGCGUUGUCCUCUUUACAAAUGAUGACUCCCAUCGCCAACAGUUCCCCUAGAACCGUAUUCAUAGAUACCCCUGAGCAGAAACAGCAGCAGCAACAGCAGCAGCAACAGCAACAAAACUCGCAGUCACAACGUUAUUCAAACACUGUUAUACUACCAAGGCCGCGAUCCUUAACGGAUUUCCAGGGACUGAACAAUGGGAGCACAAACAGUAAUGGGGGGUACAGAGCCCAAACCAGCCAAAGCUCCAUACAGUUGAAGAGGCCAAACUCAGUAUUGAGUCUGAACGACUUAUUGAUUGACCAAAGAAAUUCAAAUGAAUCCGACUCCGAUUUCACCACCGGCGGGGAAGAUGAAGACGAUGGUCUAAAGGAUCCAUCCAAUUCCAGCAUCGACAAUCUCGACCAAGAUUACUCUCAAGAACAAUCAAGGAAAAAGUCCAAAACCUCCACACCCACGACAAUGCUGAGUAGGUCGGCAAGUGGUACGAAUCUGCAUACUUUGGAAUACGUAAUGAACCAGAACCAUUCCCAUUCUGAAUCUUCGUCGUCCGAUUUCCAGAGAGAGUUGAGCAGCAGAUUACUGAACGUUCAACAGCAGCAGCAAGAACAGCAUUCAUUGUUACAAUUGCAAAACUCGUCGUUGUCCAGUCAAAAUCAAAUUGUGACCUCCAAUAACUCUUUAAGUACUACACCUCUAUUAUUAUCGCCAAGGAUGAACAUGAUUAAUACCGCCGUAUCAAUCCAACAGACGCCCAAAUCGCUCUCAGAUUCACAAACUCAAGAACCGGAAAGAUUACCACCGCUAAGGAGUUUGCCAUUACCUUUCCCACACACGGACUGA